AGAGAUACAAGAUAAAAAAAUUGAAUAACGGAAACACCAAGCAGAGUAAAGAAAUGGAGGAAAAAAAGGAAGCGUUACUGGGAGAACGAGAAAGCGAAAGGAAGCAAUCAGAAUCGGCGAAGAAGGUGGAGAUACAUCUAUUCAGGCAAGGCGAAGGACCCAUUGCAGUGUUCGAAUCAGAGCUUGGUGGAUGCGAACAGAAUCGGUUAGAGGUUCGUGAGAUCCUCCACAAAUACUCCCUCAAAUCCAUUUUCGCUUUCAACCCUCGUUCUGGCCGCGCCGUCCCCAUUCGAUUCAACCCUAAAACCGGAUAUUCCGUCUUGUCUUACCGGAACGCCGCCGUUCUAUACAUCGACGGUGAACCCAAGGAGUCGUUACUUAAACCGGUGUACAGGAUCUUGGUUGGGGUGGCAUUGAUAGCUAUUAUGCUAAUGUUAGUUUAUGGCGAUAUUGGUAUUAGUACUGCAGAAUGGGUUCAGAAAUUGAAUGUUUCCGGUGUGGAUUACCCUCCUUUGAUAGUUGCUUGUGUAGUUGUUGUUUUCUCCCGCAUGAGGCACAGGACCAGACGUUUUCUGAAAAGGCUUGGUCUCUAAUUCAUCCAUGAUUCAUGAGGCACAUGACCAAGGACUUGUUUACCUACGAGUAUUGCUGUUUGGUUUUUGUUGUUAACUAUGGUUGGUACGUGUUUUAAAGUUCUAGAAAAUUUCUUGGGACCUGUAAGUACUAAGUUGUAGAUAAUGACUGCUCACAUUAACAGAUAGAGAUCAUAGGACGUAUGUUGAGUGAUAGAAUGUUCUUACAUAUAUGGUGUAUCGCUGUCAAAUUGAAAUUGACAAAAACAGUUUUAAUUUUUAAAUGAUAUUGCAACAAAAGGUUUAUUGUGCUAUUCUGAA